AUGUCGUCGAGUGACAAAAGUUCCAAAGAUGACAUUAGGUCGCAAUUGUCCGACAUGCAAAAACGAUUGUUUAGCAAAAAGUCUUCUUCAUCACAUCAUGACGCGUUCAAAGAAUCAACAAGUUUCAAUCUGCUGCAAUUACCUCAUCAACAUCCAUUGUUUCAACAUCAUGAUCAGGAAAACGCUCUUGCCACUUUACUGCACCCAGAGAGGAGGUCUGGUGAUGAAUUGCCAUUGCCAACUAUCAAAAGAUCGAAAAAGGCGGAUAAAUUGCACUCUUCAUUACCUUUGGGAGCAGAAUCGAAGGGUAACGACAUGAACUUUGUAGUUGGUUUGAGUGAAAAUUUGUUGACUGAAUGUCGGAGAUUAAAUGCAGAUAACACGAAGUUGAAGCUGAAAUUGAAACAAGCGUUACAAGAAGUACAGACGUUGAAGGAGGAAACUGGCAAGUUGAGCAAUUCAAAUCAAACAUACAUUUCCAACGAAAGUGAGUUAAAGGACAAAAAUUGGCAAUUGGAGAGUCAGAUAAGUAGCUUGAAAGAAGAUAUAAAAAUACUCGAGAAAAGUAAUGACAAAUUGAAGGUGCUACAAGAAGACAUGAGUGGUCAGUUGAAUCAAAUUACGAAAAACAAUGACGAACUAGAUAUUACAAACUCAUUGCUACUGAAAAAGCUUAAGGAUUUGGAAACCAAAUAUGAAAAGGAUACCAAAGAGUUGAGUGAACGUGUGGAAAAUCUUAACGAUGAAAAUGAUAAUUUACAAUCUAAGCUUGCUGCCACUACCGUAGUGGAACCAGAUGCGGGCACCGAAGGUGCUAUCAAAACCUUUAAGGAAGCACAAAAUGCUCCGGACGCUAAUUCAGGUGUGUAUGUUUCUGGACUUGAAUCAAUUUUGAAAGAAUUGGAGCAAUUUCAAGGUACAAACAACGGCUCAAAAAUGGCAACUAUAGACAAUGCAAUUUCACGAUUGAGAGACCACAUAGAUAAGGUAUCGUCGGGUGAUUCAAACACCCGCUCUCUCAAACAUACACAAAGCACGCCGUCAAAGUCAGAAGAGGAAGUGUACGCCUCUCUGGAAUUUCCUCUCAGCAAAGCUCUUGCUGUUCUGCAUGCAAACAGUGUAUCUGAACCUUCUGUUAAUAGUGACGCUGGUUGGGAUCAGUUUUUGGGACAAAACGUUGAAAGAACCCCUUCGAAGCCCAAGCACGGUGAUAUAAUUCAACAGUUUGACGGUGAUGAAGUCGCUGAUCAAAGCUACCAUCUCAACAUAUCAGUCGAAGGCUCUCCAACUACUAUGGAACAAACUACUCCACACAAGAACAAACAUUCAGUUGAGGACGUCUUUCAGUUAAUUGAUACCUUGCUCAAGAGUGAUGAACAAGACAGAAAGUUUAGGGACUUAUUUGAGAGUAGAGGUAUGAAACUAUUGUCGACUGUUGAAUAUCAAAAGUUGGUUGAUCAUGCGAAGACCAUUGAACCAAUAAUUGAAGAAACUCCCGCUGUACUGAAAACUAAAUUGAUGGAGCUUGAUCAAAAUGCCCGUUCACUUAAUCGCCCUGACUUAAAGUAUCUCACCGAUCAUGCUAAACAGCUAGGAUAUGUCGUUAUUGAUAGUGAAAAGUAUAACAAAUUAAACGGUUUUGGUAAAAACCCAAGCAUCGACUACCUAGUCAAGAAGGCGAAAGAACAUAACAAGGUCCUAAUUUCAAAUGACGAGUUGGAUAAUAUUCUCAAUCCUAACGAAGAACAAAUAAAGACCCAUGCGGAAAAGUUGCAUUUGAAAGUUUUCACUGAAUCUGAGGUUGCAGCUUUGAAAACUCCACCAUUAUCAGCCGUCAAGAGUUUAGCAUCUGAGCAUGACCACGUUCUAGUGUCAUCAGAUGAACACAGUACUACGCACAAGAUGAUUGACAGUCCAACUUUGGACUACUUGAAAAAGCAUUUAGACACACAUGAGCAUACCUCAAUGAGCAACAAGGAGUUACAAGAGUUGCUCGAAAGAGCUAAGAACCCAAGUGUAGAUGAAGUCAAACAACACGCCCAUAAGAGGGGAUUGACAGCAUUGCCAAAGGAAGAGCACGAGAAGUUGUCUUUUCUUGCUCACAAUCCAAGUUUGGGGCAUAUAGAACAAUGUGCUGAAAAAAUGGGUUAUGCUGUUGUUGAAAGAAAGAGCUGGGACACAUUGAAUACAAUGUCGUCCGAUCCCCCAGUCACCCACAUACGUGAUCUUGCGACAAAAAACAAGAUGAUGCUUCUUCCAGCAUCUGAAUAUGAUGAAUUGAAGCGUUUGUCUAGCCAACCAGAUAUGGAGCACAUAAAGAAGGCAGCAGCCAAGAUGAAGUACUCUGUGAUAACAAACGACAACUAUGAGGAGUUGAAGAGAAGGGUGGAAGAUCCAAGUGUUGAAGAACUCGAGAGUGCAGCUCAAAAGAAGAAUUACAAGAUGGUGACUAAUGAUGACUAUCUGUCUAUAAUCAAGAGGGCGGAUGAACCAGAUUUGGAGCACAUAAAGGAGGCAGCAACCAAGAUGAAGUACUCUGUGAUAACAAACGACAACUAUGAGGAGUUGAAGAGAAGGGUGGAAGAUCCAAGUGUUGAAGAACUCGAGAGUGCAGCUCAAAAGAAGAAUUACAAGAUGAUAACUAAUGAUGACUAUCUGUCUAUAAUCAAGAGGGCGGAUGAACCAGAUUUGGAGCACAUAAAGGAGGCAGCAACCAAGAUGAAGUACUCUGUGAUAACAAACGACAACUAUGAGGAGUUGAAGAGAAGGGUGGAAGAUCCAAGUGUCGAAGAACUCGAAAGUGCAGCUCAAAAGAAGAAUUACAAGAUGGUGACUAAUGAUGACUAUCUGUCUAUAAUCAAGAGGGCGGAUGAACCAGAUUUGGAGCACAUUAGACAUGCAUCCAGUAAACUCGAUUAUCGAGUCGUCAGCAACUCCGAUUUUGAAGAGCUACAGAGGCGAGUGAAUGAACCUACGAUAGAGGAAAUUCUGUCUAGGGCAACAAAAUUGGGAGUGGUUGUUGUUGGUGGUGAAGUGUACCAACGGUUGUGCUCUCCAUCUGUACAAGAUCUUCAGGCGCAUUGCGAUAAAUUGCAACUCCAUCUAUGUCCACGAACCGAAUUCGAGGAAAUCUCCGAUAAACUUGACAACCCUAAGAUGGAUUACUUAGUUGAAUGUGCUGAGAAGCAUCAACUGACAGUUAUCAAUAAUAAAGAACUUGCAAUAUUGAAAGAGAAGGCAAAUGAACCUGAUUUGGCACAUUUGGAGGAAAAGUCACGUUUGAGAAAUCAUGUUAUCGUUCCUGAGGACAGAUUUAAAUUAAUGGAGAGGCAAAUAUCCAAUCCAAGCGUUGAGGAAUUGAAAUCGCUAGCCAAGUCCAUCGAUUACGUAGUACUUGACGAGCAAGAGUUCAAUAAGUUAAAGAAUCCUUCAAGAAGCAUGCUUGAAAAGAGUGCUGCUGUGUACGGUUGUUCCUUCGUCACCACAGACGAGCUCGAAAGAUUGAAGCAGCACGAAAAAGCACCCACAAAGGAAUUUAUUGUUUCCAAGGCAUCUGAAAAAGGUUUAGUAGUAAUACCUAAAAAGGAAUACGACGAGUUGAAUGUCGAUGCGAAUAAUCCGUCUAAGGAGCAUUUGGCUCAAAAAGCAAAGGAGAUUGGUUUUGUUGCUAUCCCCAUGCGGGACCAUGAAAGCUCACGUUCGCAAUUAGAUAACCCCACGAUUGAUUUCUUGAGAGAAAAGGCCAAAUUAUAUGAUCAAGAUUUGAUUUCGUCGUCGACUUUAGCAGCUAUGCAGGAAUGUGUGAGCAAUCCAAGUUUGGAAUUUUUGAACGAAAAAGUCGCAAAUUACAAUUCAACAGUUGUGGAUACAAAAAGAUACAAUGAGUUGGUCGAAUUAGACAUUUCACCAAACGCAGAGAAACUCAAAGAAAAGGCCCAUGAGAUUGGUUGCGAUGUCGUAGAGCAAGAAGAACUUGUUGAGUUGAGGAGAAUACGAGAUGAUCCUAAUGUUGAUGAUGUGAGCAGAAUGGCUGCGGCUUUGGAGCUUGCUGUUUUGUCGGAAUCAGAACGCGACGAACUUUCUCAUUGCAUUGAAUCGCCCACUGUUGACUAUUUGAAAGAGCAUGCCAACAAAUUGAACUAUACAAUGAUAGAGACACCAGUCUAUGAUGAGUUGAAAGUUUUUGUUGAGUCUCCAUCGAAAGAAUUCAUAACUGAAAAAGCUCAUUCUGCAGGUUUAGCGGCUGUACCGGAAGAAGAGUAUUUGCUAUUGUGCCAUAGAGCAAACGACCCUGAUUUAGAUGAAUUGAUGGCCCAAGCCAAAACUAAAAAGAUGACCUUAAUCAAUAUCGACGAGCUUGAGAAGUUGCAUUCUCAACUCACGGACCCAAACAUUGAAUAUUUAUCCCAGCACGUUGAGGAGGCGGGUUGUGUUAUGAUGACAAAGGAGGAAUUGGCUACAAUGAAACUACAAGUUGAAUCACCUACUGAUGAGUACUUAAAGGAGAAAUGUGGAAAACUCAAAUUGGCAACACUUCCAGAGUCAGAACUUAUCAACUUGAGAUCAAUGGUUGAAUCACCAUCUGUGGGCUUUUUAACUGAAAAGGCAGAAGCCCAGGAUUACAAAGUGAUCAAGAAUUCAGACUACCUUGCGAUGGUCAGAAAUAUUGAAAGUCCGGACUUGGAAUACUUGAAAUUACAUGCAGGUUCCAAGGAGAUGCAAUUAAUUGGAGUGUCCGACCUUGCCAGCUUGCACUCGCGUAUUGAAAACCCUAGUAGAGAAUACUUGUCGGAGCAUGCCGAAAAGGUGGAUAACGUGAUGGUAUCUAAAGAUGAAAUUGCGGCAUUGAAACUACAAGUUGAAUCACCUACUGAUGAGUACUUAAAGGAGAAAUGUGGAAAACUCAAAUUGGCAACACUUCCAGAGUCAGAACUUAUCAACUUGAGAUCAAUGGUUGAAUCACCAUCUGUGGACUUUUUAGCUGAAAAGGCAGAAGCCCAGGAUUACAAAGUGAUCAAGAAUUCAGACUACCUUGCGAUGGUGAGAAAUAUUGAAAGUCCGGACUUAGAAUACUUGAAGUCUCGCGCAGGGCACCUUGAUCUGGUACUCAUUUCCGAUAGCGAACACAAAGCAUUGCUUGAACCUGAUAGAGCAUCGAUUGAAGCGAGUGCAUUAGCUCUAGGGUUGGCAACAAUCCCUCAAGCCGAUCUUGAAAAGUUGAAGGAAAUUUCAGAUGCACCUGACCUUGUGUAUUUAAAAGCUAAAGCUGAAUCGCUUGGUUAUGAGUUGAUACAGUGUGAGGAUUUGGCCACAUUGCACACCACAAUUGACAAUCCUAGAAAAGAGUUCCUACAACAAAAAGCCGAUUCUUUGGGUUGUGUGAUUAUCAGCAAAACCGAACUUGACCAAUUACGUUCGACAACCUCAAGACCAGAGGCGAAUACUGGCACGAGAGGUGCAUCGAAGUCAGAAAACCCAACAGCCCUUGCCGAUGAAGAAGCUCAAUCAAGGACAAAACUAUCUCACGAACUUUGUGCUGCUCACGAUGAUGACUCCGCUGUACGAAAGAUGAGAGAGUUUUUGAACGACCGGGGCUACACAAUUAUUCCUAUUGCAGUUUCCCGUUCUAGUUCGAACACCACAAAUCUGAAUGAGUAUGAUGACGCCGGAAACUCAUUUGAGGCAACGCGAAAUCAACAAUCGCAAACAAACGCGGAAGAUUCUACCAAGAACCAUCAUCAACUACAAAGAACCAUAAGCGAAAAUACUUUGGCUAAUGCCGCUAACCUGCGCUCACUUUCCCUCGUGCCUGACUCCGAAUUUAUUUCAUUAAAGAAAGAUCGCUUGGGUAAGGAAAGGCUUGAAAAGAGAGUCAAAGAGGUGGUAAACGAAUUGUAUGGAUUGAAAAGCGCUUUGGUUGAAAAAAAGGAUGUGAUUAGGAGUCUCGAGAGUGAGGUUUUACAGUUUGAAUGUCCGGUUUCCAAAGAACAUAUUAGAUCAUGUGCAACAGACCUUGGCCUUUUGUGUAUAAGUGCCACUUACUAUGUGGGUACCACGACUCAUCCUCGACCCGAUGUGGAUCACGUGAAAAUACUUCCAGCAAGUUACUUCAAUCAGCUCUUGAAGUACAAGUCGUCCUCCGUGGAAAAAAUUUCCAAUGAUGCAUUUGAACGAUUUGCGAAAAAGCGAGGAUAUGUCAAAAAAGAUUUAGGUGCUCCAGAUAUGGCCCUUGUUCAACCAGGAAGUGGUAUUGACGCAAAGUUUUCACCACCAAGUCACACUUUGGUGCGUGGUGGUCAAGAUGGAACGCACACUCCACCAGUAGUACCCAUACAGAGGCAUCUUCCCCACUCAAGUUCGCUCAGAUCCAAUCUUUCGGAAUUCUCCACAACUUCGCUCAGAUCGACUGGUAUGUUCUCCAUGGCCACUGAUGUGUCGUUUACGGACAAACUGAUGAUCCCUGCAAUCACCCAAGUUGUUAUUGGUGAGUAUCUUUUCAAAUAUUAUAGGAGAUUUGGCUCGGCGUUCAGUGCGAUUGCUGAAACACGACAUGAGAGAUACUUUUGGGUUCAUCCGUACUCUUUGACCUUGUACUGGUCCGAGAGCAACCCCGUACUAUCUAAUCCAGCAUCUAGGAAGACCAGAGCUGCCGCCAUAGUCGAUGUUGAUAGUGUUGAAGACAAUAAUCCUAUCCCUACCGGUUUGUACCACAAAAGUAUCAUAGUACGCUCCACUGAUAGGUCGAUCAAGAUUACCUGUGCAACAAGACAGCGUCACAAUAUAUGGUAUAAUGCUUUACGCUAUUUGAUUCACCGAAACAUCGAUGACUUGAGUGUUGAUAUGGAGGGUGGUGAAGAUGGUGAUGCUGAUGUUGAUACUGAUGACGACAUCGAUGCCUCUCCCAUACUGCAUAUGAUGCAGAUUCCGAAAUCUACCUCCCACAAGAAUCUUGAUGCUUUGAGAGAUACAGGGGAUCGACGUGCAUUUCCAAGACCAAAACGGAUCUCGUCUCAGGAGGGAAUUAAAACCCCUAGAACUCCUGGUGGUGUUUCCAGGCUUCUGUCAUUUAGACGGUCAUAA